AUGCAUGAAAAUCUACCUUUUUACAUGUUUGUCCUACGUUCUUUCAGCCUAAAAUUGUUUUAUUGUGGACGUCUGAGUAUUAAAUCUCUCCAUAAGAAAUUAAUAACGACUUUUCUAUGUGCUAAAAGCUCACUAAAUUCCAUACCCCCUAAACCCAAACUCUUUACUACAAGUCGGCAGGUGUCAAAACGCCAACAGAUGAUGUCUGAUUCAUCGGAAGAUGAGAUUCCUCUGGCAAGAAGAAGAUCAAGAAAAUCAGGAGCAAAACCCCAAACACCAAAGAGUGACGACCUUGACUCAGAUACAGCUGCUGUAUUAUCAGAUGCUGCGGCGCCAGCCGGUGUAUCUGUUCGAAACGGUCCAGUACUUGAAGAAAAAGGAGAUUCCAGUAGAACAGCCACAAACGGUCUUCCUAAACGGAAAUCUCGAACUAGCAAUGUCAAGCCUGUAAAUUACAACGACGACACAGAUGAGAAUAGUGACGAGGUGCCGCUGGCGAAACGUCAAAAGACGCAAAAAAGUGCGAAAGAAUCAGCUAACGAAUCUUUGACUGUUUCAAAAAAAGUAACCAGGCUUCCUCCAAAACCAGCCGCCAGUGACUUCGCAACUUCAUCUGACGACGAACCUCUGACACAAAAACUAGCCAAAAAAAAAGCUAGUAUUGAAAAAAAAGCCGUAAAAGAAGCGAAAGCAAUUCGCUCAAAAGAGAACUCGUCCAAGGUUAAAAAGCCUGUAAAGAAAGAUCCAAUCAAGAAGGAAUCAGUCAAGAAGGAACCAGUUAAGAAGGAGCCAGUCAAGAAGGAAACUAACAAGAAAGUGCCCCUUAAAAAAGAGAACACUGUCAAAGAUGAUUCAACCAUUUCAAAACCUGCGCGAAAGUCCAACGGACCAUCAAAACAAAACACGAGCUCGAUAAAAGAAGAACAGUCUAGUGAUGCAAAGCUAGAUAAGGAAGAAAAAAACAGCGAAGAAGCAGAUGAAGUUUAUAAAUGGUGGCUAGAAGAGAAAGAUGACCAGUCAGUGAAAUGGACCACUCUUCAGCAUAAUGGCGUCGUUUUCCCCCCAGAGUACGAGCCAUUACCGGAGAAUGUAAAACUUUUGUACAACGGGACACCUGUCACUCUAUCGAUCGAAGCUGAAGAAAUCGCAGGAUUCUUCGGAGCGAUGCUUAAUAGUACCUUGAAUGUUGAAAAUCCAGUAUUUCAAAAUAACUUUUUCGAAGAUUUCUGUGAAGAAGUCAAAAAGACCGGAGGCGCCAAAGGUCCAGAUGGCAAAAGAGUCCUCAUCAAAGAAUUUUCCAAGCUCGAUUUUACGCAAAUCUUCAAUUAUUAUGAUGGGAAAUCUCAGGAGAAAAAAGCCAAAUCAAGUGCCGAAAAAAAAGCCGAAAAAGCCAUAAAAGAUUCUCUAGAGGCACCAUACACGUGUUGCAUAUGGGACGGUAGAAAGGAACAGGUGGGGAACUUUAGAAUCGAACCACCUGGUCUUUUUCGUGGACGUGGAGCACACCCAAAAACGGGUAAAGUGAAACGUCGAGUCAUGCCAGAGCAAAUUACCAUCAAUAUUGGCAAGGAAGCAACAGUUCCGACUCCUCCGGUAGGCCAUAAGUGGAAGGGCGUACAACAUGAUAACAAGGCUACCUGGCUAGCAAUGUGGCAGGAAAAUAUCAAUGGUGCUUACAAGUACGUUAUGCUUGCUGCUAAAAGUAGUAUUAAAGGACAAAGUGACUUCAAAAAAUUUGAGAAAGCACGAGAAUUGAAAAAGCACAUCGAUCGGAUACGGGCAGAUUACACGACAGAUCUUAAAGCCGAGCUUAUGGCUGCUCGUCAGCGAGCCACGGCUGUCUACCUUAUUGAUAAAUUUGCAUUACGUGCGGGCAACGAAAAAGACACUGAAAAUGAAGCAGAAACAGUUGGUUGCUGUUCACUGAAGUAUGAGCACGUGACUUUGAAGCCGCCAAAUACAGUUAUUUUCGAUUUUCUUGGAAAGGAUAGUAUCAGAUUCUAUGAUGAGGUAACAGUGGCUCCACAGGUUUUCAAGAACUUGAAGCUUUUCAAGGCACCACCUAAGGUAGACGGUGAUGAUAUUUUUGAUCGACUGAACACCACACAACUCAACAAGCAUCUAACCAAUUACAUGCCUGGACUAAGUGCAAAAGUUUUCCGUACAUAUAACGCAUCUUUCACCAUGUCAACCCUAUUGAAAGAGCUUAAGGAUACCAAUCUUACCAUGCAGGAAAAAGUUAAACUUUACAAUGACUGUAAUCGAAAAGUGGCUAUCCUUUGCAAUCACAAACGUACCGUCGGUGCAGCUCACGAAGCGCAAAUGGAAAAAAUGACAGAAAGAAUAAAGGGCCUUCAAUAUCAACAAUGGCGUCUCAAGCAGAUGAUUCUAGCAAUCGACCCAGCGGAAAAGAAAAAAAAGGGUGUAAAGUGGUUUGAAUUACAUGAAGACCUAAAUGAAAGCUGGAUACGCGAACAUCAGGCAUUUUUGGUAGAGGAUCAGCGGUCAAAGAUCGAAAAGAAAUUUCAAAAAGAAAAUGAGAAACUAGCUGCCGAGGGUCAGGCGGAGAUGAAACCAAAAGAGUUGAAAGAAAGGCUUGCAGUUGUUGAAGAGCUGGAGAAGAAACUCACCAGAGAAAAUAAAUCAAAAAAGGUAGAUCCAGAAGGAAAAGGUGCUUCAGUAGAAAAAUAUGUUGCAAAUAUCCACAAGCUUGAUGAGCGAAUAGCCACCAUGCGUUUGCAAGCUGAAGAUCGUGAGGGUAACAAGGAGGUUGCUUUAGGUACAAGUAAAAUUAACUAUAUCGACCCACGUCUAACUGUGGUAUUUGCCAAGAAGUUUGAUGUACCAAUUGAGAAAUUCUUCUCAAAGACUCUUCGAGAAAAAUUCAACUGGGCCAUUGACUCUAUUGAAGACGAUGACGAUUGGGAAUUCUAA